AGAAACGUGAGAGAAAGAGAAACUUAUAAUAAUUACGGCUGACAAUCCGCACCCCCGCUCUUCUUCUCCUUUUUCUUUUAUUGUCUCACUUGCGGUUGAUCCACGUUGGUCUCUGGUUUGCUGGGCGUCUUGACACAUAUUUUGCACCGCUUUAUCUUUCUUUCUUUCUUUUCCACUCACCUCUUUCUCUCGUUGUUUGCGUUUUGCCUAAUCACUCUUUCUUCUAAACUAAGCGGAAAAUGCUGUGCCGACGAAAACUUUUUGUUCUGUGCCGACGUUCGCCCCUCGGCGUGCCGGCGAUUUCCGCGUGCUGCAGCAGCGUCCGCUUCUGUUCCUCCUCUGCCUCACCACCACCGCCGCCGUUGCCGCCGUCAGACAAGCCGCCCACGUCCGCUACCACCAAAAGCACGGAUGGGACUCUGCCUGCGCUAGAGACACAGCAAGUCAAAGACUCUAGCAACAACAAUAGGCACGAGACGGCGCCAUCGUUAAACAAAGCGGGUGCGCGCGAAACGACGAAGGACGCUGCAAAGGCAGACGCGAGUACGGCAGCCAAGGCAAAUAAUUCGCCGGCCACAAAAUCUUCUGGGCCGCCUUCGCCCCAGCAGCAUCCGUCCAAGAACGUGGACGACACCUUUGCCAAGGACGGCGCGGUCCCUCGUGGAUUCGAGGCGUUUUACGCGAAGAGCAUCGUGUCGAAGAUGCUGCCGCAGCGCAGCCCGAGCGAGUCGGUGCAGCGUGCGUACGCCAUGUCACCGCAGGAGCGCAUCCUCAUCGCGGAAAUCGCGGGGCGGGCGCGGCUGCAGCGUACGUUUCGUCACCUAGGCAUCCUCUCCACGCUGUUGGCGGUGUUGAUUGGGUACCGCUGGUACACGGCGCAGGCGCGGCUCGACGCGGACGUAUCGAAGUACAGCGCCGUCAUCGUCGACGUCCCGGGGCACACGGCCGUCUACGUGGAUGAGAAGGGCAAGUUCAUUGGGGUGCGCAACUUCAUUGACUACGACGCUUUCGAGAAGAUGUGCGACCCGGACAAGGACAUCCUCGUCGAGUUCAGCACCUACUACCCUUGGAUUCCGAUGCUGCUGCUCUGCCUGCUUCCUGUGCUCGCUGUCGUGAAUGCGGGCUUCAACGGGUCGGCGCGCAUGAUCACGAUGGUGGCGCAGGCGGAGAAGGCGCGGUUUUCGUUCAAGCGGGAGAUGUCGGUGACCACGCGGCUGAAAGACGUGGCCGGGCUGACGGAGGCGAAGCACGAGGUGGUGGAGGUGAUCGACUUCCUCAAGCACCCCCAGCGCUACCAGACGCUGGGCGCGAAGCUGCCGAAGGGUGUGCUGCUCGACGGUCCGCCGGGUGUGGGCAAGACGCUGCUGGCGAAGGCCGUCGCGGGGGAGGCGAUGGUGCCGUUUGUCAGCUGCUCCGGCAGCGAGUUUGAGGAGGUGUACGUCGGCGUCGGCGCGCAGCGGGUGCGGGAGCUGUUCCGCGAGGCCCACAACUGCAAGCCGUGCGUCGUCUUCAUCGACGAAAUCGACGCCUUUGGACGCAAGCGCAAGUCCGAGGGCAACGGCAGCUCGCGUGGGACGCUGAAUGCUUUUCUGGCGGCGCUGGACGGCUUCAAGGACGCCUCGGGCAUCAUGGUGCUGGCGGCUACGAACCGCGCCGACAUCCUCGACAACGCCCUCACCCGCUCCGGCCGCUUUGACCGCAAGAUCUCGCUGGAAAAGCCGUCGUACAAGGACCGCAUCGCGAUUGCGCUGGUGCACCUGCAGCCGCUGCAUUUAGACCCAUGCGUGUCCGUGCAGGGCUACGCGGAGACGGUGGCGGCGCUGACGCCCGGCUGCAGCGGCGCCGACAUCUUCAACGUGUGCAACGAGGCCGCCAUCCAGGCCGCGCGCGACGACAAGGACUACGUCGGGUCGGCGCACUUCCACCAGGCGGUGGAGCGGGUGCUGGUGGGGCUGGAGAAGAGCGCGGUGAAGUACACGCCGCACGAGAAGGAGCGCCUGGCCUACCACGAGGCGGGCAUUGUGGUGCUGAACUGGUUCCAGAGCGAGACGGACCCGGUGAUCAAGUCCACCAUCCUGCCACGCGGCCGGCACCGCACCGGCGUGACGCAGAAGUUGCCGCAGAACAUCUACAUCUCGACGCAGGAGCGGCUGCUGCAGCGUAUUGUCGGCCGCCUGGGCGGCUACGUUUCCGAGGAGUACUUCUUCAGCGAUGUCUCGACGAGUGCCGCCGAGGAUCUGCAGAUGGCGACGUCGCUGGCGCGCGACAUGGUGUGCGUGUACGGCAUGGAUCCCGCCCACAUUGGACACAUGGGCUUUGAGCUGGAUCGCGACGACACGCUGCAGAAGCCCUUUGGCCCCGAAAAGGAGGACGCGGUGGACAUCGCGGUGGAGUCGAUUGUGCAGUCGUGCCUAGAGCGCGCGCGGGUUCUCCUGAAGGAGCACCACAAGCAUACGCGCAUGAUCGCGGGCCUGCUUCUCAAGCAGGAGACGUUGAACGCGCACGAGAUGUGGUUUGCGCUGGGUGAUCGCCCAGUCAUGUCCAAGGAGUUCCAGACCUAUCUUGAAAGCUAA